UAUAACCUCAAAGUUUGUGAAGAUUUUAAACAUUUAUUUUUUGUUAACUGUGUUUAUUAUUGAGUAAUGAGUAAGCGUAUUUCCGUCCACUGAAAUGGAAUUACGUAACUACGUUUUAUUUAAUUAAUGAGUAACAAAAAUAACAUGUCAUGACGUGUUAUUAUUAUCUGAUAACACUUGUUGUUUAUAAAUAGUGGUGAAUCAUGAAACACCUAUGGAGAUUCUUUGCAGGCGUAGACACGACUCAGACUACUCAAACUAUGAGCAUUUACUCAACUCCUGUGGUAGUUUACGCUGACGGAUCCUUCAGGAAUAAGAAGUGUGGAAUUGGGGUGUACUUUCCCGGGGAUAAAUCCUUCAGUUCCAGAGAAGUAUCCAAAGUCAUAGACCACCAUAAACUGACCAACCAAGUCGCCGAACUUGCAGCUUGCAUUAACGCUAUUGAAAUAGCCCAAGAAGUUGGUAUUCAACACCUAGAAGUCCGCACGGAUUCCCAAUACGUCGUAAACAGCAUGAGCAAGUGGAUCCACCAGUGGAAACCCAAGAACUGGAAAAAAAUCGGAAAAAACUGUGAUAUUGAAAACAAGGAUCUCAUAAUGAAACUAGACAAUCUCUGCGCAUCCACCAAAGUUGAUUGGGUGCACAUCCCCCGCAACGCCAACAAAAAAGCAAACGACUUAGCCCAAAAGGCCACCAAGCAUUUAUAACUCUGUAAUUUACACAAUAAAUUUUCUUAAAAAACCGGCAAA